AAUUAACACAGGCUUCAGUAGGCAAACGACUCGUGGCAUUCAGGCAUUGGCACGCGCGCCUGCGUGUCAGCCUUCCGUCCACCGCUUUGAAAACACACAAGAGUUCGAACUUUCGCACUCUUUCUCAUAACCUGUAACUCGUACCUCCAGCCGUAACUUCUGAUACACCACCUUCAUUUGUCAGUUACUUGGGUUUAGAAUGAACGUUAAUAAGAAUCGCGCCAUUACUGGUGUGUGGAAAGAUUAUACCACUGGAGAUAUUAUUUUGUCGGUCUCGGAUUCAUGGGGUUAUGCUAUGAUUGCUAUCGCGACUGUAUGGCUGUCGUGGUCUGUGAAAUACCUCAAAAAAAUACUAGGUAACUUCGCACUGUUCAUUCAUUUGCGUCAGAAGGAACCAUCACAACGUUCAAACAAUGAUAGUUCUCUCUCGGAGCGCUCCUCGUUACUAGGUCAUGGAUCACGAGUGACCACUACGGCAGAUCCACAAGCUCUUGCCAGGGUUAUCAAGAGAACAAGUGGCGUUCGCGAUCUCUUUUCGGAAUCCGUAUCCAACGAAGACCUGACUCGAGGAGAACGACUACGUCUCAUCGUCCUGACAGCCGUAGUGGCGCUCUGUGCAUCUGGGAUGAUCGUUGGAGGAUAUUAUGCAUCAACAAUCAGGUUGACAGAGCCAGCCAGGUUGGCCUCGAAUCGUUGCGGACUUUGGAUCUUUGACGGUCAAAGUCGAUCCGAAGCAGCUACACGGGCAGGACUGCUCGACCUCCAAAGAGAGGAAAGAGCAGCUGAAUAUGCAAAAGACUGUUACGGCCCAGUCUCUGGAAUUAAUGCCGUACGAUGCAACUUGUUCUACCGUUCUAAACUUCCAUUUCGUGCAGCAAACUACACGAACGACUGUCCUUUUCAAAACGAUAUUUGUCGUCAGAACCUCACAGUUACUUUCACUACCCCGACUAUCGAUGCAAGCGACCUCGGUAUCAACAGCCCCACGACUCAUAAAUUUCGUCGCAGCACGAAAUGCACCCCGCUCAGCAUGGAGUAUCCCUUUGUACAGAAUGUAACUGAGAACGGAACCACAACCUACUACUACUAUUAUGGAGGAAAACCCGGCGAUGACCCUCCAGUGAAUUAUACAUACAAGACUGUUGGAGACCCUUGGGAUCGUCUUACUCCAGUGUAUGAUCUCUAUGCCUACAACUCGGCCUCAGAGCCACUCCUAUGGCAGCCACGAUCAGAACUUACGAUACCGAAGUAUAGCACUCUAACCAUAGUAUUUGUCUCGUCACUCCGAAUACUCUACGAAAAACGAAGCGACGAUGCAAUUUUUCCUGCGGACACGCCAGUGUGGAUACCGGAAGAUCCAAAACCCUGGUUUCGAAAUUCUGAUCCUCGAGCUCGCCCACUCGCAUGCAUCAAUCUUAUAGAAGUGUGCUCAGCAGACGAAAUGGUUUGCUGGUCUAUCAGGGCACCGGAUGAUAUCACCAAGUUUGAGUGGACACCGGAACUCACACUCUUGUACACAUCGCUUCAUCGUACAGACAUAUUUGAUUCGAUCAAGAAGCGUCAAGGUCGUGGACUUCUAGCCCAAAAAGGUGUAUCGAAAUACUUCUCUGAUGCAUUAGGCGAAUAUCACUGGGUUGAUGAAAUGGAAAACCUGGUUGCGAUAGCGCAUGCUCGGACCCAGAUUAACGCAUGGAGUGUCGCAAGUGGGGAAGACUCUGUGCACGAAGGGAAAGAUGGCUACUAUCAGAUCACAGAGAAUUACGGCAAUCUUUGUGGCAAGUUCAAGUAUUCGCCUGAAGGUUACUCUGGUCUCAAUUUUGUGGCAUUCAUUAUCAUCUGCCUUUCGCUUCCAGUCCUUUGCGUUGUCAGUUUGGAUUGGAUUCCCAUUGAAACUAAGGUAGCAAGAGGUACCGAGAGCAUCAGGAAUAUUUUCACGAACAUUACUUCCCACACCAGAGCCUCCAGAGCUGCUUCAGGGCAAAUAUCUCAACCAGUCGGAGCAUCCCAAAGUCAGUCGAGUUUGAAUUCGCAAAACACGUCAGGGCUAGGGGCCACGGAUCAAAGCUUGACCGCAGUAGCAGCCACAAUUACGCCCACAGCUGGAACAUCCACGACGGCAGCUCUGCCGCAAACCCAGAUGCAACCGCAAAAUUUACAGAGUCAAACAGCACAUGAUGAGGAAAUCGAGGAUCGUGGAGUCAUGAAAAGUGAUGAGAUCAAGUGGGAACCUCUUGUCCUUCACAAGUUGUUAUUGUUACCAUGGCUCGUUUUAUGGAAAUUUCCUAGGUUUGUUGUCAGCCGAUGCAGCAAUACUGAGUAAAAGAACGUAAGAUUCGAAUAACGGCCCCGUAUCUGGAACUCACAUAAUGCUAGUCUGUCCUGCAUAGUACGGCAAGUCAACUCUCAUUUCCACAUCAGGCGGCACUUGAGGCUCUUGCUUGCAAUUUCGGUUAACCGAGUAAGUGCAAGCUCACCCUAUUGGUACAACUGAUAUCUGGACAUGGGAGAGAAUUGAAGGACCUUUGUAUCAGUCG